AUGGCCACGUCGCAAUCUUUGGAGGGCGAUCCCAUCGAUGCAUCAGGAUUCGACAGGAAGCUGAGCGAGCUCGUACGGAACAAGUCGUUGCUGCACCGCGGCGGGUACAUCGGGGGGGAGUUCAUCACGGACGCGCCCCACAACUACCAUGUCAAGGACCCCGCCAACUUCGCUCCCCUCGCGCGGGUCUCCCUCAUGGGCGGCGCCGAGACCGAGUCCGCGAUCGCGGCCGCCGCCGCGGCGCUGCAGCCCUGGGCCCAGACUCCCGCGGCCCAGCGCGCGGCUGUCCUGCGCAGGUGGCAUGACCUGAUCCUGGAAAACAGGGAAGACAUCGCCACCAUCAUGACGCUCGAGUGCGGCAAACCACUCAAGGAGGCGCGCCUGGAGAUCGACGCCGGCGCGGCGUCCGUGCUGUGGUUCGCGGGCGAGGCGCAGCGCAUCUGCGGCGACGUCAUGGAGCCCCCUGCGCGGGACCGGCGGCUGAUGGUGUUCAAGCAGCCUGUAGGGGUGGUGGCGGCGAUCACGCCGUGGAAUUUCCCCAUGUCGAUGGUGACGCGGAAGGUCGCGCCGGCGCUCGCAGCGGGGUGCUCCGUGGUGCUGAAGCCCGCGGAGGAGACCCCGCUGACGGCGCUGGCGCUGGCGGGGCUGGCGGCGGACGCGGGGCUGCCCCCCGGGGUGAUGAACGUGGUGUUCGGGGACAGGGAGCGCAUCGGGGACGUCAUGCUGGAGUCCCACGUCGUCAGGAAGCUGGCGUUCACGGGCAGCACGGCGGUGGGCAAGAUGCUCAACGAGCGCGCGGCCCGCUCGCUGAAGCGCGUGUCGCUGGAGCUGGGCGGGAACGCGCCGCUCAUCGUGUUUCCGGACGCGGACCUGGACCUGGCGGUGACGGGCGCCAUCGGGUCGGCGUUCCGGAACGCGGGGCAGACGUGCAUCUGCGCGAACAGGGUGUUUGUGCACGAGGACGUGUACGACCAGUUCGCGGACCUGAUUGCUGCGCGCGUGAGGACGUUUGUGCUGGGGUCGGGGCUGGACCCCGAGGUGACGAUGGGGCCGCUGAUCACGUCGCUGGCGCUGGACAAGGUGGACGGGCACGUGCAGGACGCGCUGGCGCAGGGGGCGACGGCCAUGGUGGGCGGGCACGUGGCGGAGAUGCCCCCGGAGUUCCAGGGCGGCACAUACUACGCGCCAACGGUGCUGCGGGACGCGACGAUCGACAUGCGGUGCUUCCGGGAAGAGACCUUCGGGCCGAUCGCGCCGCUGUUCAAGUUCCGCUCCGAGGACGAGGUUGUCGCGAUGGCCAACGACACAGAGUACGGCCUGGCGUCUUACUUCUACACGGCCGACCUGGCGCGCGCCUUCCACGUGGCGGAGCGGUUGGACUUUGGCAUGGUGGGGGUGAACGAGGUGGGGAUCGUGUCCGAGGUGGCGCCGUUCGGGGGCAUGAAGCAGUCGGGCCUGGGCAGGGAGCAGAGCAAGUACGGCAUCCAGGAGUUCCUGGACAUCAAAUAUGUUUGCAUGGGACUCGGGGCGCAACGGUGA